ACACUUGACCCAGGGUAGAGUGAACCCCAUCAAGCAGAGCCGCAGCCGCCUCCGGUUCCCCUCUGCCACCAUCCACCCGCGCCGCCGCUUCGCCUCCAAUCCAAGGAGGAUGAGUGAAGAGGAGACCAAUGCUGCUGCUGAGCAGCCGAGGCGUGCCCCUAAGCUUAACGAAAGGAUCUUGUCUUCCUUGUCGAGGAGAUCAGUAGCUGCACAUCCGUGGCAUGAUCUUGAGAUCGGCCCUGGUGCUCCUGCUGUCUUCAAUGUUGUGGUUGAGAUCACAAAGGGAAGCAAAGUGAAAUAUGAGCUUGACAAAAAAACUGGAUUGAUUAAGGUCGAUCGAGUCUUGUACUCAUCAGUUGUAUACCCUCAUAACUACGGUUUCAUUCCAAGGACACUGUGUGAAGACAAUGAUCCAAUGGAUGUUCUGGUCCUCAUGCAGGAACCUGUUAUUCCUGGUUCUUUCCUCCGAGCUAGAGCAAUUGGCCUUAUGCCCAUGAUUGACCAGGGUGAGAAGGAUGACAAGAUAAUAGCAGUCUGUGCUGAUGAUCCUGAAUAUCGUCACUACAAUGACAUCAGUGAACUGUCUCCUCACCGCCUCCAAGAGAUCAAACGCUUCUUUGAAGACUACAAGAAGAAUGAGAACAAGGAGGUUGCUGUUGAUGCAUUCCUGCCUGCCAACACUGCUCGUGACGCCAUUCAGUACUCCAUGGACCUGUAUGCACAAUAUAUCCUGCAAAGCUUGAGGCAGUAGAGUACCAUCUGAUCUUCAGUACUCCAUCGUGAUUGCACUGUGUGCCAUCCGAUGUUCACAAAAAUGGAGUGCUAUGGGGCUGGCUGUGAUCUCCAUUGCUCUUCAGCUGUGUACCGAUAUGCAUGUAGCUCCUUGCCCAUAACAUAUUAUGAAUAAGUGAAGUUUGGGCAAGCAUGGAUUUAUUGUGUCAUGUUUCUGCCCCAGUAGAUCGGCUAUUGACAUGAAUUGAUGUUCUUGUUAUAUUAUGAUACUCUGGUUGAUACAGUGAUUUGAGCAUCGAUUGCUAAAGCAGUACUGUGUAUGAAGUUAUGCGUAGGAAAAUAAACAUGGAUAACUCGUGGAUUCGUUGA